AUGGCAGCACCGGUUUUAUCCCUGGUGAAACAUAUAAAAGUAAUUUCUAUUCGUGGAUGGAGGACAAAAUUCACUGUGCAAACAUUUCGUGGAUUCGUACUGAGUGCACUGUUUGAAGAUGGAAAACCCGCUGGAAAGUUCGAGGUUGUUCGCGGCCGCGGUGACGCGCGAACAUCUCCAGGAUGUCGAAGAGGUGGUGUUAGUCAUUCCAAUCUACGACCAAAAACUUCUAUCCACACCAUAUGGAAAGCUCCAGAUGUCUCAACUGGUUGUGUUAUACUUCGCGCUUCUGUUAUUGAAUCUAAAUAUGUCUGGUAUUCCGAAGAAGGCGAUCUCACUAAGAAGUUUUGCAUACAAGAUGGUUACCAAAAGGUUGUCCCCGUCGAUGACCCUAACACAGAAUGUUGUGCCUGUAACCAGGCUAAGUAUGAACUCGAGUUUAUAGGGAUAUGGAGCAAGGAGACACAUCCCAAAGAUUAUCCAUCAUGUUACGUGGAACACCUCACUCAUUUUACGGAUAUGCUUGGUGCAUCUCACUCUAAAAACUAUUCACUUUGGAAAAUUGGAGAUAUUUCCACAGAUGGAAUGAAAGAAAUUGCUGAAUGGGGUAAUACAUUUAAGGCUGAGGCUGAAGCAAAAGAAAAGGCAGCAGAAGUGCGUACACUAAUGAAG